UCUGCUCGACCUUCUGCAGGCGUAGACGCGUAGUGCAUGUGAGAGACAGAGAAGGAAGAAGUGAGAGGAUAUGGAGAAUCAGGAAUGGAAGCCUCAACACUCGGAUGCAUCACGGCCGUCUAUAGGGUUCCCUCUGGGCACGGCGCUACUGCUGAUAAUCAUAUUCUGCCUGAGCGGAUUCUUCUCCUGCUGCUACCACUGGGACAAGCUUCGCUCUCUCCGUCGAUCUUUCUCCGAUGAUAACGAUCCCGAAAUCGAUUCAGCCCCAGAAUCACCUUCCAAAUCUAAACCCACCCACAUGGACUCGAAGCUAAACAAGAGUGACAGCUUACCAGUAGUAAUGCCCGGCGAUCGGAUUCCAAAGUUUAUAGCGUUACCGUGUCCUUGUGAACCGCCGCGACCGGAGAAGAUAGCCUUAGUAGUGCAUAAGCCUCUGCAACCACUUCCUCUACCACCACCGCCACCACCUCCUCUACCGAUACCGUAUUAUAUUUGA